AUGAUACUUGAUGAUUCGGGAUUAUUGACAGAUAAGUUAUCGCCGGCUAAAGAAGAUUGUCUUGCCAAUACUCGAGAUAGAAUAAUGGAUAUUGAUAUUGGUAUAAUAGAUCGAAUUAAAAUUUGGCAUGAAAAUUCCAGUCUUGGAGCAGCUUGGUUUCUUGAAUCAGUCAUUAUUCGUAAAAAGUAUUCUACCUGCCAUAUAAUAUCAAACGUAUAUCUCCAACGGAUUGAGCAUUUAUGCAGAUAUUUCUAUCGUCAAGCUUCUGAACCGACGAAAAAAGAUCCAGUUGUACGUAGAAAUUUAAGAAAUGACGAAGAUCAUGGUUCAAUCAGUCAUCAAAGUUUAAAACCAAAAUAUUCACACAUGAAUGGAUCGAAUAAUCGUUUAGAAAAUAGCCGAAGCAUUCUACGUAGUCCGACAGUAUAUGAUAAAGUUAAUUUCAGAAAAAAAGUUUCAUGGGACGAACAAAGUAUCGGUUCACAAGAUGAUGCGCAUUCCAUUGAUUCGCAACGUAUGAAACCAAUGCAAACAAUAGACGAACAACAAUCUUAUAAAAGAGACUCGUUUUCUCAAGAAUUAAAUAAUCAAACGAAUCAUGAGAUUCUUUGGAUAUCAUCGCAUAAUUUUGCUGAUAAUAAAUGGAAAAUAAAAUCUAUUGAAGAAACAAAUUCAUUUAAUUUGGAUUCGUCAACACGCACAUUACUACGAUCCGAUCGUUUAUUAAUCGAUAGUAGUAUUCAAAAAUCUGCCAAUGAAGAUCAAGAUGAAAUCUAUGAAUUUCAAGCUAAUUUUUGGUUAAAAAAAGAUAAACCAAAUGACAAACUUGAAGCUUAUUUAACACCACAAUCAAUUCAUCAAUCGUCAUUAACAUCAGCAGAUGUCAAUAUAGAUUCGAAAAAGAAACAUCGUAUUCUAUCACAUGUUCAUUCGGAUGCUCAACAUCAAAAAUUUGAAAAUCAGGAACAAUCAAAAUUUGCAUCGCCCAAUAAUUUAAAAACAGUUGAAAAUUUUCCAAAAAGUUCAAGUUCACAUAAUCUUCGAUUAUUAUCCUCACAAUUGCCAAAUGCAUCAAAAACACCGCUCGGCCAUUCAAAAUCAUUUCAAGAAAAUCUAAAUUCACCUGCUCAUUUGGAUACAACAUUGCGAAAACAGGAUGAAUCACCAAGAACUCAUUCAGCUGCGGAUAAGCCUGCUCAAUUACCAUUAACUCCACGCUUGAAAUCACUUCGUAAUUCAAACGAUUUUACAAAUCCAUUAAAUAGUGAAGAAGAAUUAUUAGCUCGAAUAACAACAAAUGAACAGUCACAUCAUCCGCGAUCAACAGAACAUUCUCUAUUAUCAUCGAAUCAACAUUCCAAAUUUCGUCUGGAUCGUGUUGCUCCAAUAAUCAGCGAGCAAUCAUCAUCGAUGAAACUUUUAAAUCAACCUCGAUCAUCAACUGAACACUUAAAAUCAUCACAGAAGACCAAUCUUCUCAUUCCAAUUUCAGCCAAUGCUCAAAAUCCAUUACCUAAAACUUCACAUGAUUCACCAAAUUAUUCUCGACCAACAACAACUGCAAAAUCAUUGUCUAGUCGAACUUUAACAUCAUUGAAUGAUAUCAACGAUUGUCAACCAAGUUCACGAACUACCGAAGAAGAAUUAUUAAAGAGAAUUACCAAUCAAUCAUCAUAUCGUUCACAACAAUCAACUAACUCAUUAUCACCAUUAACACCACGCGCAAAAUCAACUUCUAACAUCGAUAAUCUUACUAGUUCAUCAAUGACUAAACGAGAAGCAUUAUUAAAAAUGCCUGUUCAAUCAUUGGCCUAUUCUCGCUCGACAAUGCCGUCCUUGCUAUCAUCUAGUCUCCUGUCAAAAUCAUUAUCAUCAUCAUCAUCGUCGCCAUCAUCUCAAUUCAAUAAUGACUUUGGCAGUUCAUUAUCAAGAACAUCUACUGAGCCAACCCUAAGGUCUAAACCCCCGAUGCGACUUAAUCCUGACACUAUUCUACAGAAACCUAUGAACAAUCAAGUGCACCAUUCUGCCUAUGGAACAUCCCCAUCGGAUGACUUUUAA